AAACGCUUUGCUCUGCUUGCGUGGUGUAGCUCGCUGUCUUCCGCGCUGACAAUGCAGAGAUCCAGCGCAGCUUUCAGAGGUGCCUUCUCAGAAGGAGAGGGCGCACGAGGGCGAGCUGACGCAGCUUAGAUGGCAGCAAUGCAGCUCAGCCUGAGUGCCGAGACUCUUCCAGGCUGCUUUGACCUCUGUCUCUCAAGCUGCGCUGCUUUCCUGCAACUAUGAAUUCGUUGUCUUGGCCACUGUUUGGCAUUCACUUCUUUACCCAGCACAAAUCAGCAGAUUUCGCAGUGCGUCCUUGCCUCCAAAACUUGAACUCCGCCAGCGCUCCGCCAAAGCCAGCCUAGCAAGAUCGAUCACAGAGCUGUGUGGUUAUAAUGGAGAUUACAGCGCGCACUUCCAGCUCAGCAUUCCAUCAAGGGGCUGCCUGCAAGUCUCUGACACUGGCUAAAGGGAGCAAGGGGCUGGGGGACAACAGUGUUGCUGUCAUACUGGCGAUUCUACGUUCAGUUUGCAGUUGGCGCAACGCUAAGUUACACAAAGGUAUGCCGGCGAACGGAGGCCGAGAAGCGCGAUCGCGCAAGAAGCGGCGUCUGCAAUUGGUGUGGGGCGCUAUUUAAAUGUGAAUGACGUCAGAUUGCGGCGACUUCAAGACAUCUG